CGCGCCAUAUCCGUCCAUCCCCACAUCCUCCUCGCUACAAGUUCAGCUCACAGUCCAACCAACCAACCGGGACAACGCAAACACCCAUCGACAAUGGACGUCACCGUGGCGAAACAGCUCAGGCGCCUCCGCACGCUGGGCCGGGGCGCGUCGGGCGCCGUGGUCUGGCUCGCGUCCGACGAGUCCUCCGGCAAGCUCCUGGCCGUCAAGUCCGCCGCGGCGUGCGGCGCGGCGCAGCUGGCGCGCGAGGGCAGCGUGCUCACCGGCCUCUGCUCGCCGCACAUCAUCCCCUGCCUGGGCUCCCGCGCCGCCGAGCACGGCGGCCACCAGCUCCUCCUCGAGUUCGCCCCCGGCGGCUCGCUCGCCGACGAGGCCGCCAGGACCCGCCUCCCGGAGCGCGCCAUCCGGGCGUACGCGGGCGACGUCGCGCGCGGGCUCGCGUACCUCCACGCCAGGUCCCUCGUGCACGGCGACGUCAAGGCCCGGAACGUGGUCAUCGGCGCCGACGGCCGCGCCAGGCUCACCGACUUCGGCUGCGCCAGGGCCGUCGGCUCGCCGCUCCCGAUCGGCGGCACGCCCGCGUUCAUGGCCCCCGAGGUGGCCCGCGGCCAGGAGCAGGGCCCCGCCGCCGACGUGUGGGCGCUCGGCUGCACCGUCGUCGAGAUGGCCACCGGCCGCGCGCCCUGGAGCGACCUCACCGACCUCCUCGCCGCCGUCCACCGGAUCGGGUUCACGGACGCCGUGCCGGAGGUGCCCGGGUGGCUUUCCCCCGAGGCCAAGGACUUCCUCGCCGCCUGCUUCGCGAGAGACCCCCGCCACCGGUGCACGGCCGCGGACCUCCUUGACCACCCGUUCCUCUCUUCCACCGUCCCCCGCGACUACUACAGGGCGGAGCCGGCGAAGCAAGAACGGACCACUCCCAAGAGCACGCUGCACGACGCGCUAUGGGACUCGGACGACACCGACGACGAGGCGGACGAGACGACCACAACGCCGGCCGAGAGGAUCGGGGCAUUGGCGUGCGCCGCCUCGGCCCUGCCGGACUGGGACUCGGACCACCAAGGCUGGAUCCACGUGCACGGCGACGACAAUAUCUCCACCAGAGCCCAUGACUCGCCGCCCGCCGAUGCUGGUGACCUGGUCUGCGACCAACCACCGGAAGCAGAGUUUGAACCGUUCGCCGUCGCUGCUGCCGAUGGCAGUAACGGCACCCCGCGCCACGCAGUAGCAGUUAUCGACGGCGCCGACAUUUGGCGGGACGGUUACCUGCCUCCUGUGCAUUUAGGCAGUUGUAGGAAUCAAAUUCUAGACCCGUUUGACUCCGACGGGGAUGAAACAGUGUCAUUUCAACGUGAAUGUAACAUAUGCAGAGUAAUGAAAUUAUUUUUUGCUCAAAAUUUGCCUCUCUGCCGAUUCUUUGUGUUCGUUUGGACCGAUCAUGCGAUCUGUCUGCUGAGACUUGAGACCAAAUUACUUAAGCCAAUACGCCCAGUGACGUCGAAAUUUAUAGCCCCCAACCAUAAGAAGAGCAACUAUAGUACAGAUUCGUGGGACGAGGCGGUGCUAGAGGCGGCCGUAGAAGUGGUGGAGGCGGAACCGCAGCUCACAGAGUACGAGGCGUGGGAGGAGGCGGCGCUAGCGGCGAUCGUAGAUGCCUACGACGCGGGCGAGCGGCAGCGCCAGGAGGCGGAGCGGCGGGAGCGGAGGGAGCGUGGGGAGGCGUGGCGGGAGGCGGAGCGGCUGCGCCAGGAGGCGGAGCAGCGGCAGCGGGAGGAGGAGAAUCGGCUGGUACUCGAGGAGGUGAAGCGGCUGGAGUUCCAGGAGGCGCGGCGGUGGCGGGAGGCGCUGAGCCAGCGCCGGUUGGAGGCGCGACGGCAGAAGGGGUGGGAGGAGCUUGUGCUGCGGCGGUUACAGCGGAAUGAGACGAAGCGUCAGGAUGAAGUCUACGAGGCGCGUCGUUUGGCGGAGAUACAGCUCCGGCUACAGAGGCAGGAGUUGGAUUACUGUCGGCGACGGGAGGAGCUGGAGCAGCAGCUGCGUCAGGAAGCGGUGGCCGCGUAUAGAGCCGCCUACGUGACGUUCGUGGCGGAGAGAGCAGUGGAGGAUCGGCGAUGA